AUGUCCGAGCCGACCGAAUCUAUUACUCCUACAUCUAGCAAAACUGCCGCCGGUGCAGCGAAAUCUGCUGUAGUUAACGUUCCCAAAUCACCGAAAAAAUCUCGAAAGCUCGCUCUCAUGGAGGAGCAAAGUUGUGAUUUAUGUCAAAACGCCGACAAUAGCCGGAUGGUCCAAUGCGACUAUUGUAAGAAUUGGUAUCAUUUCGAAUGUGCUAACGUAACUGAAGACAUUGAGUUCUACGACUGGAUUUGUACGAAAUGCGAAACCGCGGAAACAAAUCACCAGAAAAAGAAACCGUCUCGGAAAAACGCCAGAAGCGCAGUGAAGAAGAUAAAUUCAUCAAUAGCAGGUGCGAAGAAAUCGAAGACUGUAAAACCAAAAAAGAUGGUGAAGAAUUCGACCUCCAAGGACCACCAGCAAAAUCAGCAAGUUGAACGGGAGAAAUCACAAAACAGCGCCGAUGAAAAAUUGGCGGGAAACGAGAAGGUGAAUAAAUCAACCAAAUCCAAAUCUGUGGGGUCAGACUCUCUGAGCAGAUCGCAAGCUUUGAAAAUGCAGUUGCAGAAAGUGCAUGCUGAAGAGAAACUGAUGCUUGAAGAGAUGAAACGAAAACGGGAAUUGUUGGUCAAAAAGUUCGAACUGAUGGAAGAAAUAGCCAACACUGAUGAAGCUGCCGGAUCUGAUGCGCACCUUGAAAGCGACAGCGACUCUGACGAGUAUUCCGAAUCCGAAGGUGAGCAAAGCGACGACGACACAGACAGCGGUGACGAUCAGGAUGAACCCUUUAUCCCAAAGCGGCAAUCAACUCCCGUUAAAUUACAAUCGCGGCGAGAGAAGCAACACUCUCGAAUGAAUGUCACUCUGAGCCGAGAGCAGAUAGCUGCACGGCAGGUAGUAUCGUGCGAUCUUCCCAGAUUCGGAGGUAAUCCCGACGAAUGGCCAAUGUUCAUAUCGACUUACGAGAGUACGACGACGAUGUGCGGCUAUCGAGACGAGGAAAAUAUGAUUCGUCUCCGUAACUGUCUGAAGGAUGAAGCUUUUACAACAGUGCGGAGCUUUCUAAUGCAUCCGUCAACAGUGGCAAAAGCAAUAAGUGUGUUGAAGCUCCGAUUCGGCCAGCCUCAUAUGAUCAUCAGUACGUUACGGGAAAAAAUCCUGAAUAUGGCACCAGUUAGAUCAGACUCGAUUGAACGGCUGGUAGAUUACGCUCUCGCUGUACAGAAUUUACGUUCUACCAUUGAUGCUUGUGGGCGUAAAGAGUAUAUGCGUGAUGUAACGCUAAUGCAGGACCUUAUUAGCAAACUUCCUCCUGCGAUAAAGUUAGAUUGGGCCAGGCAUAGUAAGACACUGAAAAAAUCUAAUCUCGUUGCAUUUUCGGAUUGGAUAUAUUCUAUUGCGGAAGACGCAAGCAUUGUUGCUGAUCCUCGCAAACCGCACUGCUAUGGGCAAGACACACGCGGAAGGCGACAAGGUAAAGCUUUCAUCAACACUCAUGCAGAAUCAUUGGGACAGCAAACUGCACACGAUCGAACAGGCAAUACUAAUCAGUUUAGUGAAAAAUUCAGUGCGAUGACGGUCAAAUGUUGUCAGAUUUGCAAAGGAAGCUGUUCAAGUGCCGCCAAAUGUAAGCGUUUUCUUGGUCUCUCGUAUGAAGCCAGAUGGGCUGCAGUUCGUGAAUUUAGAAUAUGCCGCAGGUGUCUACGACAGCACGGAGGAAACUGUAAUAGUAAAGCUUGUGGCGUUGACGGGUGUACGUUCAAGCACAAUUCUCUCUUACAUAAGAAUCUCGCAGUUCCAAGUGAGGCAUACGCAAGUAGGAGUCAAACGAGGUCGAACGAGGAGCGUAGUGUUAAUACUCACCAGAUGGAGACAGCCUUAGAAUUGUUCCGCUAUUUGCCGGUUACAUUGUUUGGGCCCAACAAGCACGUGAAUUGCUACGCUUUUUUGGACGACGGGUCGGAAUUGACAUUACUAGAUGAGCAAAUUGCUUGCGACUUGGAGUUGCCAGGCGAAUCGAAACCACUUUGUUUAAAAUGGACAGGUGGAACCCAUCGAUUUGAAGAGAAAUCUAAAAAGGUUAACGUCGGAAUAUCAGGACUGGUGGGCAAGAGAUUUGAGUUGAGCGGUGUGCGUACCGUCAAUGCGCUUGAAUUGCCACAACAGAGCCUGAACAUCGAUGAGCUGAGAAAGCAAUACAAGCAUCUAAAAGGCGUUCCAGUCGAAUCAUAUAAUCUUGUGAGACCUAGAAUCCUAAUAGGAUUGAAGCAUGCCAAUGUUUCUUUAGUUCGCCGUUGCCGUGAAGGCAAGGAGGGUGAACCCAUUGCAGCGAAAACUCAUUUGGGAUGGACGAUCUUUGGAGGCUGUUCGUCCCAGGACUCGUCGGUCGACGGGAAGUAUACGUAUCACAUUUGUACAUGCAACCCGCAGAAUGACGACCGACUUCACCACGAGGUCAAGCAGUACUUUGGUCUAGAUAGCUUGGGAAUUACGACACCGGUGAGUUCAUUGAUGUCGAAAGAUGAUGAGAGGGCGAUAUCACUGCUGAAAUCGCGUACACAGAUUAUUGGUGACAAGUAUGAAACUGGUCUUCUCUGGCGAUUCGACUAUAUUCAUCUGCCAGAUAGUCGGUCGAUGGCCCUUCAAAGAUUAAAUUGUCUUCAGAGACGUUUGGCAAAAGAUGCCGAGCUAAAUCGAGCUUUCAACGAAAAACUGGCAGACUACCAAGCGAAGGGUUACAUACGAAAGGUAAUGCCAGAAGAACUCGCCCGAAAAGAGGGAAAGAUGUGGUAUCUCCCUACUUUCCCGGUGCUAAACCAUAACAAGCCGGGAAAGAUUAGAAUUGUGUGGGAUGCAGCCGCCUCUGUACAUGGAGUAUGCCUCAACACUGUGUUACUCACUGGGCCGGACUUAAUGAGCUCGUUAAUAUCAGUUCUUUAUCAGUUUCGAGAAUAUCGCAUCGCUAUCUGCGGAGAUAUUCGCGAAAUGUUUUUGCAGAUUGCAAUCAGGCCCGAAGAUCAAUUCUAUCAACUUUUUCUUUGGCGGGACAAAGCAGACCAGGAUGAAGCCAGCACCUUCGUUGUUGAAGUAAUGAUUUUCGGAGCACGAUCUUCGCCAACCACGGCGCAAUUUGUGAAAAAUCACAAUGCCCAGAGAUUCGAAACACAAUAUCCCGCAGCAGCCGCGGCCAUACAAAAUAAGCAUUACGUUGAUGACAUGCUUGCUAGUACGGAAACGGAAAAGGAAGCCAUCGAGCUAGCAAAGGCAGUUAAAUUUAUUCACGCUCAAGGGGGCUUCGAGAUCAGGAAUUGGACCUCGAAUUCUCCGACCGUCUUGCAAGCAUUGAGCGAAAAUCCAGCUGAAGAGAAGAAUUUGAAUUUUUUGGCGGAAAUGGCGACGGAGAAAAUUUUGGGCAUGUGGUGGAACACAAGGACGGAUUGUUUCAUGUUCAAGAUUUGCUAUGAUCGUUUCGACGCGGCGUUGUUUAAUGGACGACGAGCUCCAACCAAGCGAGAGCUGCUUCGGAUCUUGAUGACGGUUUUUGAUCCACUUGGCCUGAUUUCGCAUUUUCUAAUGCUUUUGAAAGUCACCCUCCAGGAAGUUUGGCGUAUCGGUUUAAAAUGGGACGAGCAAAUCACAGGAAAGCAAUUGGAAAGUUGGAGAACCUGGAUAAAACUGCUCCCGAAGCUGGAAAACAUUCGAAUCCCCCGGUGCUAUCGUCGGUCGUUGUCUAUCGGAGACCACACACGGUUCGAACUACACACGUUUGUGGAUGCAGGGAAUGACGGUCUGGCAGCGGUGGCAUUUUUGCGUGUCGAGGAAGAUGGGCUGGUAGAGUGCGCAUUAGUCAGUGCAAAAACUCGCGUAGCCCCGUUGAAGUACCUUUCUACACCGCGCUCGGAACUCCAGGCGGCGGUAAUCGGGGCGAGAUUAGCUAACAAUAUAUCUAAUUCACUUUCCCUCAAUAUUUCUCAACGGUAUUAUUGGAGCGAUUCCCGCAAUGUUCUUUGCUGGCUGCGAUCCGACCAUCGCCGUUACAGCCCAUAG